AUGCCUCAGCGAUCUUUCACAACUGGACGCCAUUUAUCUCGAGCCAAAUUUCCAAAAGCUUAUCCUGGCUCCUACUGCACUGACAUGUUGCGCCUUUUUGGAGAAGCAAACGUGAACAAGCUCUACAAACAUUUGUUGAAAACUCAUUACUCUUUCGACACAACUAAACACACAGACCUCCUUAAUCUCAUCGAUGAUAUAUUUGAAAAGGCGUUUUUCGAUUACCAUGAAGUAGAGGCAAAUCUUGAACAAUUAUCACAGGGCAUGAAAGAUGUAUGGCACAAGAGAAUAAUUCGAUGCAUUCGAGAACUCUUGGAGUUUUUACCUCAAUAUAAAGAGGUUGAAGCUUUCAACGAAUGUGUCCUAAGGACUAGAUUUCUAGACCCAGUGGUUAAAUACUUCCUCAACGACAUCAAUGACACAUUCCGACUUCGCUACCCAGAGUCGAAUCUCAACGAGAGGAAGCUCGUAAAGAAGGAAGUAUUGCGCCCAGAUUGUCUCGUAACCAAUACCACUCAGCCUCAGUAUCAUCGUGGAAAUAUUGCCUAUGGUGAGGCAAUAUCGUCCUACUACACAAAUCGCACUCGGGCUCUCAUUCUGUAUAUGUACCAAUUGGUGUAUUUCAGCAAGUCAACGAUAGAUACUCACAAAAUCAAUGCGCCCAUCAUGCUACAAGUCGUAGGAUUGAAAGUCAAUGUGUAUACGCUUGUGCUCAUAUCCCAGAAGUUCUAUGUUACUUUAUUCUUAUUCGAUUUCAUCUUGCCUCAAUGCAAAUCAGAAAUCAAAGAUUUUUUACCCAGCAUCAAAAAACUAGUCGCAAUGAAUGAAGCUUUAGUCAAAUGUAGCAACGGAGACAACAAGGCCGAUAGCGAAAUGAUACGCCCUAGCAACGAUACCCCUUUAUUCGAAAGACGAGUUGAAACCAAAAUUGCCAAAGAAGAGUCCGACAGCAUUCAUCUCUGUUAG